CACGACGUCGGCGCCACCUGAAGGAUGGCCACCCCGGCCGACCAACUCGCCCAGCAACGAAUUUACGCCCCGAAUGUCAUCCACAACAGCGCCCUGAGCAACGUCAAGUUCAUCUCCUUUUGCUUCGCUGGAGCCGUUGCCGGCACCCUCGGCCUCGAGAACUGGGCUGGGUUUGGCCUUUUCCUCGCCUCCACGCUGUUCACCUCGGCUUGCAUCUACACCAUCAACUGUCGGGGGAAGCCGAAGAAGUAUAUCCCAGGUGGUGUGAUGGAGAUGAUCAACCCUGGGCAGGAAAACCUGUUCUCCUUCCUAUUGCUAUGGACGCUGUUUUACGCCAUCGUGCAUGUAUACGAUUGAACACGCUGCCGCGUCGGCGCGUCAUCAUCGAUGAAUGCGUCGCCUCCUGGACCACCUGUUCGACUGUAUGUCGGACGUAUCUUUGACGCUCACGGCCUCGUUUGCGCCUUAUCCGCAUCCUGUGGUACGGUUACGUUCUCACAGACUCCGGGCAUCGCACAUCGCAUGAGCGCGUCUGCGCCACGAGGCGUGAGGGGGCGGGCAUACUAGGGGUUCAGAUGCACAUCCGCGCCAAUGGACUUGCAUGUGUCAAGAGUAUUUGUAUUGCACGAUAAUACAUCGCGUCUCCGGACAGAAGCCUACGGCGAACCUGAA